AUGUUUUAUUCAAAGCCGGCUUACAACGGCCGUGGGGAGGUCCAGUUUGGCUUACGUCAUAUCCACGUCCUGAACCGCUACCCCGACCCAUCGGUGAAUUCCCACACGGUGCAGAUAUUGAAAUAUAUUUUCCCCCGUCAAUUCAAUCUCCACAAUGCCUUCACCUCUAUCGUUGACAGGCGGGAGACGGUGCAGCCACUCAAAGACUACACAAUGCGAGAAAAGGAGAUCGCUGCUGUUGCUGCUCUGAGUGGUAAGCUUGAAGUUCUUAGCGUCCCAAAGAGAUUGAGAGGAACUGUGUUUGGGCUGGUGGCUAGAAUGCAGAAAUUGCAUAAGAGAUGCUCUUAUCAUGCACUUGUGAAAUACUACUGUCCAGUCAAGCUCUGUGAUGGCGUCGUUCAAAAGCCUGUCACCACCGCAGCUCCAACCAAUAACCUUCCAACCACCCGCAGUGAUAAUAAGCUCGCCACCCAGGCCACUCCGGAGAUACCGGUGGUUUUCGGGCCUUCACCAUCUCCCAAUUCUGACGAGGAGAUCGUCAAGGAUGGCGAGGCAGGCGAGGCAGGCGAGGCAUUCACGGACUUCGCCUCGUCUAACGUCGAGGUCUCGGCCUUUGCCCGCGCUGUCAUCUCUAAAGUGAUCCCUCGUGAUUUCUGGGGCAAAGGGGAUAGCAAUAAGAAGCUGAUUAUGUCUAACGUCGACCAAUUCGUCAAGCUACGACGCUACGAAAGCUAUUCGCUCCAUGAGAUCAUGCAGGGUCUGAAGCUUACCGAGUUCCUGUGGCUUUGUCCCGCUGGAACUUCCCCUUCCGCAAAGCUCUGCUUGUCAGACACACAGAAGCGCCGGCAGCUCCUGGCUGAGUUCUUGUUCUGGCUAUUUGAUUCAUUCCUGAUCCCGCUAUUGCGGUUCCAUUUCUACAUCACUGAAAGCAACGCGCAACGCAAUAGGUUGUUCUACUUCCGGCAUGAUGUAUGGAAGAAGAUCAGUGAACCGGCGCUGAUCAGGCUCAAGACUGACACAUUCCAAGAGCUGAAGGUGGAGAGAGCCAAAAAGAUAUUGGGCCAGAGAGCGUUAGGAUAUGCACAGGUACGGCUGCUACCGAAGGUCAAUGGCGUGAGGCCGGUCAUGAACCUGAAGAGAAGGGUUUUACAGCAGGACAAGCACAAAGGGAAAGAAGUACUGGCCCCGAGUAUUAACACAAUUUUAAAACCUGUCCAUAAUGUGUUGGUAUUCGAAAAGUCUCGCAAACCCGAAAAGCUUGGAGCCGCUAUGUUCUCUGUCGGUGAUAUUUACCCCCGCAUCAAAGCCUUCCAAGAACGUCUUCGCGCAACCGGGACCACCCUCCCGAAGCUCUUCUUCGUUAAAGUUGAUAUUACCGCCUGUUUUGAUACCAUUCCACAGGGCGCACUAAUAAAGCUUAUCGAAUCCAUCAUUACCGAACCCGAAUAUCGCCUUGAAAAGCACGCCGAGAUUCGCGCUCCUGCUUCCAUAAGCAGCAAAAAGCCUAUCCGCCGCUUUAUAGCCAGAGCCCAGCUCCCGGGAAAGGUCAACCGGUUCGCUGACUUUGCACAAACCGAGGUCAAACGUAGAGGCGUGAGCAAAACCGUCUUUGUCGACGAUGUCGUUCACAAAUUCCGGGAUUCCAACUCAUUACUAGAUCUGCUUGAGGAGCAUGUUCGUAGGAACAUCAUCAUGAUUGGAAAGAAAUUUUACCGACAGAAGAAUGGGAUCCCACAAGGGUCUGUACUGUCGAGUAUACUGUGCAACUUUUUUUACGGCGAUCUAGAGAACAAGAAACUCUCCUUUGCAUUUGAAGAUGACGGUAUUCUGAUGAGGCUUGUGGACGACUUUUUAUACAUUACACCAGAGCGCGAGAAGGCACAAAGGUUCCUAGAGGUAAUGCAUGGCGGGAUGCCGGAGUACGGGGCUUUCGUGAGUGCGCAGAAAACGUUGGUAAACUUUGAGACUAGUGUGGGCGGGAGGAAGAGAUUAGGAAGGAUAGAGGCGGAAAAAACUCAAAUCAAUGUAAAUGAUCUCCUCACAGUUGAGUACUCUAAAAAUCCUGGCAGAUCCCUUCAACGCAAAGCAAUUGGCGCCUUCAAAAUGCAGGCACGCCCUAUGUAUUUUGACAGUACGCUCAACAGCACCCAUACCGUCCUCUCAAACAUCUAUCAUAAUUUCACCGAAGCCGCCAUGAAAUUAUACCGGUCCGCCGCCUCGUUGCGGGGACCAAAGUCUCCCAGCCAGAAACUCCUGAUCAAGAUAACAUCAGAACUGCUGGAGCUUGCGUACAACAUGCUACAAAAGGGCAACUUCAAGUGCGCAGUGGGGAGAAGCCAGGUUCGAUGGCUAGGUGCACAAGCAUUCAAGAAAGUGCUCCACAGAAAGCAGACCAAAUAUAGGCCGCUACUCGAUUGGUUAGAGACUGUGAUCAGGAAAGAGAGAGGGGAUAGGGCAACGGCGGCAGUGGUGGAGCAGGGCGACGGCCCCCUUGAAACUCUGCUCCGCAUCGUUUCCUUUCGCGGGCGGCAACAGGCCAGUGCAGCAAUGUGA